AUGCAAAAUUAUAAUGGAAUUGAUGCUAAAGCCUUAGCAUAUGCCCAGAGGCGGGAAGGGAGAUGUUUGGCCAAAGUUAAUCCUAAUAUAUAUUUAUGGUCAUGUAAAAAGAAUCAUCAAUGGGAAGCAUCAUAUAAAAAUAUGAAGCAAAAUUAUAG